ACAAUGGAUUGCCUAGGGUUCAAAACACAACAAUCCCAAAUGCACUACUUUAUUGGGCCUCUGAUUGCAAGCAAUGAUGGAGGCUGUAGAAGUGAUGGAACAUGAGUGUUUGAAUUGGUUAAACUCACAGCCCAGUAAAAGUAUUAUUUUUCUGUGUUUUCGAAGUAUGGGAUUGUUCACGGCGGAGCAGCUAGCGGAGAUGGCCGCUGGGUUGGAAAAUAGCGGCCACUAGGUUGUUUGGGUGGUGCGUAGUCCUCCCGCGGAUGACAAAACCAAUGCUCCACCAGUAGAGCCAGACUUGGAUGCAUUGCUGCCACAAGGCUUCUUGGGAACUAAAGAUAAGAGGGGCUGGUGGUAAAUUCAUGGGCACCGCAAGUGGCGGAUUUGUGACAUAUUAUGGUUGGAACUCAAUUCUAGAGGCUAUUUGCGCGGGUGUCCCAAUGUUAGCUUGGCCACUGUAUGCAGAGCAAAGGAUGAAUAGGAUUUUCAUGGUGAAGGAAAUGAAGGUGGCAUUGGGUUUGACUGAGUCUGCCAAGGGGUUCAUGACAGCUACUGAGUUGGAGAACCGACUUAUAGAGUUGAUGGACUUGGAGAAUGGGAACUUCCUUCUUUUGUACAUUUUUGUGGAUAACCAAAAGGUUAAUAUAUCCCUGUAACAUUACUCUCAAUUUGCUUUACUAAAUGGGAAAAGUUGCAGUAUUAGUUCCCAGAUCAUGCUACGUGUACAAUUUUUUUUUUUUGCAAAUUCCCUUACUCACUACUCACAAUAGGGUGGGGAUCACAAGCCAAUAUUUUUUAAAUUCACGUGAGGUCCGUUAUUUUUG